GCGGCCGACGGCGGGAUGAACUCGAUGAGCUGCGGCAACGGGAAACUCCGCCAGUGGCUGAUCGAGCAGAUCGACAGCAACAAGUACCCGGGCCUGGUGUGGGAGAACGAGGAGAAGAGCAUCUUCCGCAUCCCUUGGAAGCACGCAGGCAAACAGGACUACAACCGCGAGGAGGACGCGGCUCUCUUCAAGGCUUGGGCUCUGUUUAAAGGAAAGUUCAGAGAGGGCAUUGAUAAGCCAGAUCCUCCCACUUGGAAGACAAGACUGCGCUGCGCUUUGAACAAGAGCAAUGACUUUGAAGAACUGGUCGAAAGAAGCCAGCUGGAUAUAUCUGAUCCAUAUAAAGUGUACAGAAUAGUCCCGGAAGGAGCAAAAAAAGGAAUAAACAAGCACAGUCUGGAGGAUCCACAGAUGAUCAUGAGUAAUCCCUACCCUGUGAAUUCAACCUCGUACCCUGCACUACAGUCUCCGGUGCCAAGCUACAGGGUCCCCCCCGACCUUAGCUGGAGGGAGUAUGUCCCUGACCCAUCACACCCUGAGAUUUCCUACCAGUGUACAAGUGCUUCUUUCGCGCCUCGCAGUCACCACUGGCAAGGCCCUGCAUGUCAGAACGGUUGUCAGGUAACUGGAACCUUUUAUGCCUGUCCACCACCUGAAUCUCAGACUCCCGGGAUCCCAAUAGAGCCAGGCAUAAGGGCUGGCGAGGCUGUUGCAUUCUCUGACUGUCGGCUGCAUAUUGGUCUCUACUACAACGGAACUCUCGUUAAAGAAGUCACAACUUCAAGCCCUGAGGGCUGCAGGAUAUCUCAUGGCCAAAGUUACGAGGUCAGCGGUCUUGAACAAAUUGCGUUCCCUUAUCCAGAAGACCUCGGCCAAAGGAAAACAACUGAAAAAUUGCUCAGCCAUUUGGAAAGGGGAGUAGUACUCUGGUUGACACCCGACGGGCUCUACGCCAAGAGACUUUGUCAAAGCAGGAUAUACUGGGAUGGACCUCUGGCGUUCUGCAGUGAUAGGCCUAACAAACUGGAAAGAGAGCAGAGCUGCAAACUUUUCGAUACUCAGCAGUUUCUAUCAGAACUGCAAGUAUUUGCUCACCAUGGACGCCCAUUGCCGAGAUUCCAAAUUGUAUUGUGUUUUGGAGAGGAAUUUCCAGAUCCACAAGGGCAGAGAAAACAAAUCACAGCUCGUGUUGAGCCGGUAUUUGCAAGACAGCUGUACUAUUUCGCACAGCAAAACACUGGACAUUUUCUGAGAGGCUACGAUAUGCCAGAGCAAAUCACCAGUUCAGAGGAUUACCACCGAUCUCUCCACCACUCCUCUGUUCAAGAAUAAAUGUAGAGAAAAGUGGUGCCUUUUGAAGGGGUAGAAGAACUGUGGGCUCAGAACUGAAA